AUGGAUUAUCACUCGAUUCAUGGUCAAGACAUUUCAAGCUUCGACUUGCCGUCCACGCACCGUCUCCCCACAGUCUCGGCCGCAGACGCGCUUGAAGAGCUACAGACAGACCCAUCACGUUUUGUGUCGACAGGUCUAAAGGCUUUAGACAGAGUCUUGAGCAUCGAGCACGAUGGCGCAUCCGAGGGCACAGAAAAGCCCGGUGGCCUCCAGCGAGGUCAGGUGAUAGAGAUCUGGGGUCCUCCAGGGUCGGGCAAGACCAGUUUUGGCUUGCAGCUCACCUCAAAUGCCUUGAGCACAGGUGGAAAGGUUGUGUGGGUAGACGGGUUCCGUCCGGUGUGCAGGUCAAGACUACAUGGUAUCUUGGAAGAAGUCGAGACGCCGUCGACACCAGGUGCCGAGGCCUCUGCAGGUGAAAGGGAGACAAGGUUCCUGCAUUUCACAUGCCCGAGUCUUGCACAUAUCAUCGCCCUCCUUUGCAGACCUACCGCCUCUGCUAUACCUCAAGAUGUAACGCUCAUCGUGAUCGACUCUCUUUCGGCUCUCGUAAAUCAAGCCUUCCCGAAGGUUCAGGAGUCUCGCAAAGCCCCCAAAGCAGGAUUGAGUGCAUCAGCACGCCGCUUGCAGGUGCUCCAAUCAAUCAUAUCAAGCCUGCAGAAACUAGCCGCCACACGAGAUAUCACGAUUGUCAUAUUGAGUCACAGUGCAACGCGAAUGCAAGCCGAGAGAGGUGCCGCCCUUAUCCCAGCCAUCAACGCCCAUUCAUGGGAACAGGGAAUUGCCACAAGAUUGGUUCUGUUUAGAGACUGGUCGGCUCAUGGCGGGGAGCUCUCCGGGGUCUAUAUGGCAGGCCUACAGAAGCUCAACGGCAAGGCAUACAUAGACGGCAUCGGGCCCGUUUUCGCCUUCAACAUUGAAGCUAGGGGCCUUGCCGCGGUAGGCUAUGACAGUACGCAGACGUCGCUGGCGCUAUUAACUGCUCCCCCCAAAAGGAAGCUUGGGGACACCGAUUUCGAGAUAGCUGAUAGCGAGGAGGACUACGGGUGGGAAGACGAGGACACGACGCAGAUGCCACCCAACCCAUCGCAAUGGCAAGGUAGCGAGGACAUCUUGUUGGGCCAGCACGAUGAAGAAGGAAACAGAAGAGACGAUGUCUCAGACGACGAGUCCGUCCACAGCGAGCAGUCCGACCCGCAUGGCCCCAGCGAGCAAAACCUGGAUAAUGCCAAAGACGAGCCGAGUUGA